AUGUUUAUAAAUUCAAUUUAUAUCCUAUUAUUUUCUUUAUCAAUUAUUUAUUCAUAUCCAUGUCCACCGGAAUGUAUUUGUAAGCCAACUGAUACGGACGAUGUGGAUUUUAUACGAAUGUCAUAUGUUAUUACAUGUUCAAAUGCAGCAUUCAAGAAUGAACAGCUAAUUCAUGAAGCUCAACAAUGGUCAAUUAAUGAAGAUAAACCUUAUGAUCUAGACGAUGAUGGUUCAACGCCAAAUUAUGUUAUUGCCAUUGAUUUAUCAAAUUCUUUGUCAUUAAAAAAAUUUACAAACAAAACUAUUCAGCUAACUAACUUUUCCUACACUAUUAGAGGUCUUUCCUUAGCUAAUCAAGGAAAUAAAUUCACUUUAGGUUCAAAUUCAUUUUAUUCACCCAUAUAUGAAAAUUUAAGAAUUUUAAAUUUAUCUUCAUGCUGUAAACAAAUACCUGAUCAAUGUCCGCAAAUUUUUCGUCCACUUAAAGCACUUCGAUUACUGGAUUUAAGCGGAUCAGAUAUGUAUAAAGCUUGUUUAAACACACCAGAUACAAUCUCGUCAAAGCUUCAUGAUCUUAUACUACGUAACAAUAUCUAUGAUACAAAUACAUUUUCUCAUUCGUGUAAUUUAUUUAACAGUGUUCGAUCAAUCACUGGUACACUUGAUUUACAAAAUUCUCGUUUUAAAUCCAGUACAAAAGCAAAUGAAAAUUGUUUAUUUGAUUUAUUUCAACAGAUAACUACGUUGGAUUUGUCUUCCAUUAAAUUUGAAUCAGAAUCAAAUAAUAAUGAGAAUCUUUUAACACAUUUACUUCAAUGUAAAACAAAAUCGAAUGAUUCCAUACCUGGUAGUCAAUUACUCAAUUUAUAUUUACGUCAUUUAAACAUUGAAACGUUACCUGAAUGGUUAACCGAUAAGCGUUUUCUAUUAUUAAAGCGUCUUGAUUUAUCGAAUAAUAAUAUUUUCUAUAUUGAUAUAAAUAUUUUUGAAAAUCUUCAACAUCUAUCAUUAGCUUACAAUCCAAUCGAAUUAUUUAAUAUAACUUGGCGUGAUAAAAAAUUUUAUGAAUCAAUAAAUUUAUGUUCUACAAUACGUAAUCGAACGUUUAAUUUAUCGAAGCGUUUAAAAAAUUUAUUUAGAUUAACAAAAAAUGUUGAUUAUAGUGAAAAUGAAGGAGUUCUUCCUGUUAAUAUAACACGCAUUCCACUGGGUGUUGAUUUUAACACAUUAGAUUUUUCAUUAAAUAUAUCAAGGACAAAUUUAUAUUCAUUUGUAGUCGAUUUUUAUGAUAUACAUCGAUUAGAUGUAAGUUUCAAUCAUUUAACGGAACUUAAUUUAGAUAAACAAAUGAAAUUGAAUUAUAUCGAUUGUUCACAUCAAAAUUUAAGUAAAUUAAUAUUGAAUAAACAAUUAUUAGAAUUAGAGGAACUUAGAUGUUCAAAUAAUUCUUUAAAAACUGUCGAAAAUCUCGUAUUCAUGGAAUAUACAAAAUUAAAACUAGUUGAUUUAUCCUAUAAUAAAAUUGAUUCACUGAAGAAUUUAUUUCACUAUUUAACUAGUCGCUUUUUACAUACUAUUAAUUUAAAAUCAAAUUUAAUUCAAAUUGUUCCAUCAUAUAUAUUUGAUAAUAAAUUAAUUAGUCUUUACGAAAUUAAUUUAUCAUACAAUCGUAUUCAUACAAUUCAAACAGAUGCAUUUGAAUCACCAAAUUUACAAAUUCUUGAUUUAACUGGAAAUCCACUAAAAACUAUAGAACCAAACGCAAUUUUUACUGCAUCAUUACGUUUGUUUUAUGUGUAUGAUGAUAGUCAAAAACCGGCAAAUCAAUCUGCAAACUCAAAAUCAUUGGAUCAGUUUUUAUUAUUGCAUAAAAAGUGGUAUAAACAAAAUGGAACUUUUAUGAAAAAUAAUCCAAUGCGAUUCAGAGAAACUUCGCCACUUGAUAAGCACAAACAAGAAUCAGGUUUGAUUAACAAAGGAACCAAACAUUUUCUAAAAAGUUACAUUUUAUAUGGAACACUCGGUGUGGUAUUAUUGUGUGUUUUGUUUGGUGGAAUAUAUUAUUAUCGAAAACAUCAAAUAAUAUACUUUCCAAGUUUUCAACACUAUAGAAAAAUAGAUCGACAGCAAUUAGUACAAAAUGCAACCGAAAUGGAUAUAGACCAACGAGAAGAAGAUGAAAUUGUGAUGAAUUUAGAAGAACCACCAUUCAACUUAAGAAAUCAAGCACCUAAAAAUGGUUAA